AUGGAAGCCGUCAGCACGUGGAGUCCCCAACAAGUGCUGGACUGGAUGAAAGGUGUGGACGACAGCCUGCGGCAGUACCUCCCGGCCUUCGGGUGGCGGCGGGUGGACGGCGAGACGCUUCUCAAAUUGACUCACCGAGAACUGUCCGCGAUGGGCGUGGUCAAAAUCGGGCAUCAGGAGCUGCUACUAGAGGCCGUCGACCUGCUGUGCGCGCUGAACCGCGGCGUGGAGUCGGACAACUUGAAGACCUUGGCGGGAAAGAUGAGGCUGGCCCACCGCGACCUGAGCGGCGCCGUAACACGGCGCCGAAAGAACCCGGGCCACGGGUCGCGUCGGCCCGCUAACGACUUCCUGGCCGCCGUGGUGGAGCUGAUCGCCGUUGCCAAGAGUCUGUUGGCCUGGCUGGACAGGACAUUUCCGACGAGCGCCAGCGAUUUCACGUCCACCAAAAGCGACAUCGUCCAACUGUGUCUGGAGCUCACCUCCGCUGUUCAGAAGGAUUUGACUGUUUAUGACAUGGAAGAGAAGAGUCUACAAGUGUCCGAGGCUCUGAACAAUCUGUGCGAGAAGACGAGCCAGGCGACCUCCGAGCCUUCCGGGAGCGAGCGCUCGUGCGUGGAGGAAGUCUGCAUCUCCGACAUCAAGCCCGGCGAAGGCCUGGGGAUCUACAUCAAGUCCACUUAUGACGGACUUCACGUCGUCACAGGAACCAUCGAGAACUCGCCCGCAGAUAAAACCAAGCGGAUCCACGCCGGCGACGAGGUGGUCCGAGUCAACGAGCAGACGGUGGUGGGCUGGCGGCUCGACCACCUGGUGGCCAAGUUGAGGGGGGAGUCGGGAAAUGUGCGUCUGCUGCUGAAAAAGAGGCCGUCGGGAACGGGCGCCGCCUUCGCCCCCGCGCCGUUCAAGAACACGCGAUGGAGAGCCCCGCGUCACCUCGUAACGUCGGACGGACGUUCGCCUCAUCGGGCCUCGUCCGACCUCCCGCGAUGGCGUCCUCCUCGCGCUUCGGACGCCGACCGGCCGGACGUCUCGGACCCGCGCGUCCCCCCUCCGCCCGUCGCCGAGACGAGUCGGCGUCUCGACGCGUGUCCGGAUCCUGACGACGGGACCGUCGGCCCGGAUGACGCCUGGCGAACGCGGCCCCCAGUCCCGGUUCCGGUCCGACUGAGACAGCGCUCCGUUGCCCGAGGUAAACCCCGGCCCGCGUCCAUGCCGGCCGACGUUCUCUCCGCCGUGUCUUGCCAGCGUAGCGCUCCGGGAUGGCAAGGCCCCCGUCCACUCCAGCGCUACCUGAGUAACGACGGCAUCGGCGAGGACCCGCGCUUCCCGCCGGCGUACCGGCGCAGCCCGUCGGUCCGCGGCGUCGACCGCAUCCGAGGCAGCCGCCGCCAGCUUGACGUGCGCCAGCGGGAAGUUUCGCCGGAGAAGACGACAGCCGCCCCUGGCAAACGCUCCGCAUCGCUGCUGGGAGGCUGGCUGGCUCGCCUCCGGCUGCUCAGCCACUGA